AUGACGAAUGAGAUAAUCCAAGAUCUCGCUGCGCAGCCCAAGGGAGCAGACGAUGCGGUCGAUCUGAACGAAGUCGAAGUGAAGGGCUCUUCCUUCGAGCUUGCAGGAGAGGAGACUGAGCCCGUCGUGACUCCAAAGACAUGGAUAGUCGUGUUUAUCAUGGCCAUGGGCUACGGACUGUGCUUCUGGCCUGUCCCAGUUUUCGCGGCAAUAGGCACUCAAGUUGCCACCUCCAAAGGCGAUCCGGACAAGGCGGCGUGGUUUGUACCUGCUUGGACACUGUCAAUCACAGUCUGCUUCAUGGUCUGCGGAGCAAACACGGAUCUGCUAGGGCGGCGGUGGUUCUUGGUGGGAGGCAAUGUCUUUUGCGUGGUCGGCCAUCUCGUUAUUGGCAGCGCAAAGACCGCCAACACCAUUAUAGUCGGAAUGGCCCUGGCAGGGUUUGGUGGUGGCACCUGUCAAAUGGCUGCCUUCGCCGUGACUGAGCUCCUGCCGAACAGAUGGCGACACAUAGGAGUCGUCCUGGCUGAUAUAGCCUCUCUCGGUGCCGUCACCUUUGCUCCAGUGGCGGGUAGAUUUGGCUGGGAGAACGGCACAUGGAGAUGGAAUUUCUACGUCGCAGCCGUUCUGCAAGGCCUCUCCUUUGUUGGGCUAUUGCUACUCUACUUCCCGCCCGCGCAUCCCUACAACAUGGACCCUAAGCAAUUGAUCAAGGAGCUAGAUUACCUAGGAAUGUUCCUCUUCACCGCCGGCGCCGUCCCUCUCUUAAUGGGGAUCAUUUGGAGUGGCAUGUACGAAUCUCACGAUCUCCAUGUCGUUGUCCCCUUAGUCGUCGGAGUCGUAGUCAUAGCGAUCUUUGCUCUUUGGGAGACCUACGGAAAUAUAAAGCACCCGCUGACCCGGACCUAUAUGUUCACUGCCUCGCAUGGCCGGGAUUUCACAGCACCCUGUGUUGCUCUUGGCAUUGUCAACAUGUCAUACUAUUCGAGCAGCAUUCUCUGGCCCACUAUGAUCUCCGUCUUUUACACUGACGGUGGUGCCAAUUGGAAGCACGGCAUAGCCCUGUCGAUUGUCCAGGGAAUAGCUAUUAGCGUUGGCGCAGUUGGACUGAGCUACUUUGGAAACAAGAUUCGCCGGUGGCAGUGGCAGUUGACCGGCUCCAUGUUCGUCAUGGUUGUUUUCGGGGCGCUUCUCGCCUUGGGCAAGCCGUCGAAUCAGGGACUUAUGGUGGCUUUCGUCUUUCUGUCGCAAGCCGGCUACGGCUGGGCUCUCUAUCUCUCCAUUGCCAUUUCGCAGAUGGGUGUCGAACACAAAGAUUUAGGCCACAGUGGUGGGAUAUCCGGCGUGAUUCGUUUUGCUGCAGGAACCAUCAGCGCAGCCGUCUAUACCACAGUGCUCACUAACACCGUGUCUACUUUUACCAAGCGCUACGUUGCGCGAGCAGCGACCACGGCUGGACUUGCGGCCUCGCAGGUCCCGUCUCUUCUUAGCGCUCUCAACACGCCAGAGCUCGCCCAGAGGUUCCCGCCCGCGGUCGUCAGCGCCGCACGUCGAGCGGUGGAAAUGGCGUACGAGAAGGGAAUACAAUAUGUAGCAUACGCCAGCAUCGGUUUCGGCGUGGUCGGAAUCAUUGCCUGUGCCUUGUGCAAGGAUGUCGACGACAAGAUGACGGACAAGAUCGAGGUCUACAUGGAAAACACAAUCUAUGCAGACAGAAACCAGCAUGGUCCAACCAAAACAGACGACGGAGCGGAGCUAUAG